CGGAAAGAUUUGCUUUGCUCCCUUCCAUUGACCAAAGUCUUCGAGACAGUUGCCUUGGUGUCUUCGCAAUCUGCAUGCAUGAUAUUCAGCCCACCCUCAGCCAGUGCUACGGUUCCCUUGAGUUACCGAUUGCCAUGACAGCGCAGACGUUGUCGAGAGAUUUGAAGGAUGACCGAGCCAAUGAGGAUGAAAACUCGCACGAGAAUAAGUCCUUGUCAGAGAAGAGCGACAACGCAGAAGACAGCCGACCAAAUCAUGGAUCCUUCGAUGAAGAGCAGGGCUCCAGUCACCACAACGAAAGUGCUCAAGACCCUUCAGUAUCCAAAGACGAUGAAGGGAACGUCUAUCCCGAAGGUGGGCUUCAAGCCUGGCUUGUCGUUGCCGGUGGUUUCUUCGGAAUGAUGGCUGCGUUCGGCUACAUGAACACUGUAGGAACAUAUCAGGCGUACCUCGCUACGAACCAACUAGCCUCGUACUCCGAAUCUUCCAUCAGCUGGAUCUUCUCGGUCUACAUCUUUCUCGCUUUCGGCGCUGGUGUUCAAGUCGGUCCGAUCUUCGACAAACAUGGCCCCUUCUGGUUGACAGUUGCCGGAGCUGUAUGUCUGCUGCUGAGCGUUUUCUUGCUUGGGGUGUGCACACAGUAUUGGCAUUUCAUGAUCGUGUUUGGUAUCCUGGGAGGUCUUGGCAAUGCGUUCAUUUUCACGCCUGCGGUGUCUUCCGUUGGGCAUUGGUUCUACAAGGGAAGAGGAAAUGCAACUGGUAUUGCGACUUGUGGUGGUGCGCUUGGAGGUGUCAUCUUUCCGCUCAUGUUGCAAGAACUGUUUCCCAAGGUUGGAUGGGCUUGGGCAACCAGGAUACAGGGUUUCAUUUUUGUGCUUCUGUUGGCAAUCGCGGUUCUGUUGACUCGUUCGAGACUGCCGCCGAGAAAAGGAGGAAGUGCGCUGCCUGAUGUGAGGGUGUUCGCUGAUCCGGCAUUUGCCUUGGUCACGGCUGGCUCUUUCUUCUUGGAAUUGUCGCUUUUCAUUCCGAUCGCGUACAUCACAUCUUACGCAUUGGAGACCGAUGGAGCCAUUUCGGAAACUUUUGCGUACCAGCUUUUGGCCAUUUUCAACGCAGGCUCUUUCCUCGGACGAUGGGCGCCUGGCUACAUCGCGGACAAGCUUGGCCGAUACAACACUCAAGUUUCUGCAGUCUUCCUCUGCGCUGCCUCAGCUCUUGGACUAUGGCUUCCAGCUACGGUCCUGGCCAAGGAAGCGGCAUCGACGACCAUUCUUGGCCUCACUGUUGCUUUUGCGGCAUUGAUGGGCUUCGCAUCCGGUAGCAAUAUUUCACUGACGCCGGUCUGCGUAGGCAUGCUAUGUCCGACGAAGGAGUAUGGUCGCUAUGUGGCCACGACGUACACCGUGGUCUCAAUUGGCUGCUUGAUUGGCUUGCCAAUAGCAGGUGCUAUUUUAUCAGCAACUGGUGGCUCAUACUGGGGAGUGGCCUUAUUCACUGGUCUGGGUUACAUCUGUGGCCUCGCCUGUUUCGCGACUGUCAGAGUCAUGAAAGCUGGUUGGAAGCUCAACGUCCUGUACUAG